UGAUAGUGGACGAAGGUCAUGAGGGGUUUUGACUGGGAGGGAAUGGUUGGUGACUGCGCGACGGCGGGGGUUGUCGUCUUGGUGACCAAGGUGGAGGUAGUGGUGGAUGAAGGCGGAGGUGUGGAUGACGUGCUAGCGGAGAGGGAGGUGGAUGUGGAGAACGGGGUGAUUGGUGUGGAUGUGGAGGCAGAGGAUGGGGAAAGGGUGGUGGCACCCGAGGUGGGGGGGGGGGGAUGUGGUGAGAUGGUGGAGACGGAUGUUUUGAUGUCAUUCAUGGAUGACUGGAGAGAUGUCAUCAUGCGGAAAAGAGCCGCGAGGUCAAUGGCGACAUCGGGUGCUGGUGUUUGCUCGCCUGCAAGGUUGCGGGCGAUGUUGUCGACGGCGUCGGAGCAGAUGCCGGACAUAUCAAUGCUGGAUGAUUGGGCCAUGGUGGGGGAGGAAGCGGUGGUAGCUGCGGAUGAGGUGGCAGCAGCAGCUGCAGCAGCAUUAGCAGCGGCAGCAGCAGCGGCGUCAGCGGCUGCGCGUUGAGAGUUUCUGGUUGGACGUGGCAUGCCCGGGGGGGAGGGGGGGUUCCUAUUUACAAGAGUAGAACGUCAUCAAUUGAUUUAGCAAUAAAGGUAAUUCCCAAAU